CCGUACGUGCAUAAGACGAAUAAUUUCCCGCGUUAGCAUUUUUAUUCGACGACAAUCCGUGCUGAUGCACGGAAUUCCUCGGGUAAUAAUUUUCGCGUAACGAUAGUCUUAUCACUGAGUAAGCGGGAUACUGACUGUAUUUAGCGUGGGACACAAUGCUUAUCACAAUAUCUCGAGCCGUUUAUAAGUACUUAAAUGUUUUUACUUUUCCUCACCGCUAUACAUUUCGCGCGGAGAGUUUGUUGCGCUCGUUUCGUAUACCAGCACUAGUCAUCGGACAAUAUGUCUCUCCACAACUUCAACGAACUCAAAGUCUUUGACGACGCGGUGGACAACAUGGACAUUAUCAGGACCAUAAUCGCUAUGGAAAACCAAGAGGAUUCUUUCUAUAUCGUGGACAUUGGUGAUAUUAUUAAGAAACAUUGCGAAUGGAUUACCAAGAUGCCAAAGGUUGUCCCGCAUUACGCGGUUAAGUGCAAUCCUGAUCCGACAGUUGUCAAGGUGUUGGCCGCUUUGAACGCUGGCUUUGAUUGCGCGUCUGAGCAAGAGAUUAGGCAAGUGAUGCAGUACGGCGUGCAGAGUGAUCGUAUCAUAUUCGCGAAUCCGACUAAGUGCCCGUCUCAUAUUAAAUUCGCCAAAAAGAAGAACGUCAGUCAGAUGACGGUGGACGGCGAACUGGAGCUUCUGAAGAUCAAGGACUUUUAUCCCGAGGCCAAAAUCGUGAUACGCAUACGAUGCGACUCGAAGAAUUCGCCGGUCCCUCUGGGAUCGAAAUUCGGCUGCGAACCGGAUGAGGAAGCCGUGCGAUUGAUACAACUGACGAAGGAUCUCGGUUUGACGUUGCACGGGUUCAGCUUCCACGUCGGCAGCCCAUGCGGCGAGCUAAACGCAUUCAGCAAAGGCAUCGAAAUGUGCAAACAAUUGAUCACGAUCGCUAGAGUGAUAGGCUGUAAAGACGUGCAGCUAAUUGACAUUGGCGGCGGUUUUCCAGGCGCGAGUGGAACAGAUAUCGAUAAGCUCGCCAACAUCGUGAACGAAGCUAUCGAAGACCUCGAUCCCAGCAUACAUGUCAUCAGCGAGCCGGGACAAUAUUAUGUUACCUCGGCGUUUACUUUGGCUUCGUAUUUGCACUCUAAGAAAGUCGUUCGUAGAGGCGGCAAAAUAAUGAGAAUGUACUAUGUAAACUGUGGAGUAUACAAUUCGUUCAUAGAGGAGAUGUUAGGCUUGAAAGCUAGAUAUCCGCAGUUUGCCUUUGAGCCGGCUAAUCAUGAGAAAUUUACUUCGACUCUAUGGGGACCGACUUGCGACUCAUACGAUGUCAUUCUUAAAGAUGUGUUGAUGCCGGAACUUCGCAUCGGCGAUUGGUUGGUCUGGGAAGAUAUGGGUGCUUAUACUUUAUCCAUAUCUACUACGUUCAAUGGAUUCGCUAUUCCAAUAGUCAUACCGAUUAUCAGGAAAAGUCAAUGGAAAAAAUUAACGUCAGAAGUCAGAUCGAUGCACAUAUCCACGGACAUUAUAGAAUGGUCCAACUCGGUCGAGAGGGAAGACUAUAUCGAGAGCCGCUGACAUAUAUUAAAUCGAUUACCGUAGGAUUAGGAUAAAAUAUAAAAUUUUGACGAUUAGAUCAACCAAUAUUUUAUUUAUAUACUAAUAUUUUUAACUAAUAUUUUAUUUCUCUCGAAAUCUAUUUAAUCUCUCUUAAUAUCGCAUUCAUAUGUAUAUCGUGAUAAUUACGGAUAUCGCGAUUUUUAGCAUAGAUUGCUCAAGAGACGCGGUAGCAUCUCAACGCCUCAAGAUAAUUUUAUUUUAUCUUUAUAAGAUUUUUUUAGAAGAUAAGUAACACACGGCGACGUGUAUCUAUGAAAUGAAUUUCUUAAUAAGAAAAUGUGUGCCGAAGACUUUUGUCUUCUUACAUGAAUGAGUGAUGUGUAUCUUACAUGUAUAAUGAUAUAUAUAUAUAUAAUACACAUAUAUGUAAAUAUGUAUAUAUGUACACAGGGUAUUUCGUAACAUUCGUAAGAACGUAGAAUUGAGAUAAACAUGAAAAUCCUAUAUAGAAAUAAAAAGAAUAUUCGUGAAUGAUCAUACACACGCGCGAUAUGAUAGGUGAGCUCUACUAGUAUUGUUGUAUGCUUGUACAUUAGGACAAACUGAACAAAAAUGUCUUUCGCAAAUAAUUACGUAGAUUUUUAGUUAUUAAUAAAAGAAAAUUGUUACAUAAUUAAGCGCGAUAAUGCAUAAAUCUUCUUUAAUUAAUAUCUAAAAAUCUAUGUAAUCGUUUGCAAAAUGAUAGAGGACUUUUUUAUUCAGUUUGAUCUAUUAUAUAAGUAUACAGUGACAGACGGUGCCACUAUAGUUUAUUUACUAUAUUGCGCGUGAUUAUUCACUAAUCUUCUUUAAUUAAUAUUUUGAGAUUGUUGCGAAUAUUGCAAAACGGUAUGAGACUUUUAUGUUCAUCUCAAUCCGUUCUACGUUCUCACGAACAUUGUGGAGACAAAUCUGGAAUAUGUAUACGUAUAUGAUAUGUAUAUACGUAUGUAUAUGUAUAUAUUUAUAUAUUUAUAUGCAUGUGAGGAUAAGAAAUAUAAAAUGUUUAUAAGAUUUAAAUUAUUUUUCACGCACAAAAUUACCAAAA